GUAUUUUCCGCGGCACAACGCGUCUUUCGUAUUGCGCUCAUGCUACGGCUAUCCAUUCGCUCGCAUUUUCUGUCCCUGAUUCCAUCCGGAAUCUUGGGGCCACGAGUUACUCUCCGGCCCCCACUCCCCGGCCGUAUUCGCCAGCUUUCGAGUGAAGCACUAGCCCCGAAAACUUCCAAGCAUCAACCAUCCCAACGCCUCUAUAUCGGAAACUUGCCCUUCGAAACAACAGAAACGGAAGUAAGAGAAGUACUAGAACAGCAUGGCUCCGUGGAGGACAUAUAUAUCUUAAAAGAUGAAGACGGCCAAAGUCGGGGAUAUGGCUUCGCGCUCUUUAGCAGUCUCAAAGACGCGUCUUCUGCCUUUGAGUCCUCCAACAAAAUUGGACACCGUCUCAUGCGGAUUGACUACGCCGCCGCUGGGAAGUUGAAGCCCCAGUCGAUGGUCUCUUCCAGCACAAUCUUUGUCGGCAACCUCCCCAGCCAGGCAACCGCAGAAGACCUCCGCUCGUUGUUUGCGCCGUAUGGUAGCCUCCGUGGUAUUCGUGUUCCGCUCGAUCAAGACGGCCGCUCUCGACGAUUUGCACACGUCGAAUACGACCUUGAAUCUGACGCGGUAACCGCAAUGGAGAUGUUUAAAGAAGAUCCCCUCAACCUCGGCGGUCGAAGGCUCAGACUUGACUUUGCUCUUCCAUAUGUGCCCAAGGUGAUGGUCAACGAUGGGGAUCCUGGGGUCCCAGGUCAACAACAGAAAAAUGUUCGCGGUCAACCCCGUUCUUGGAAAGAAAGAGCGGGAUUACCUCGCUUGUGA